GGAAACACUAUCCCCUAUCACUAGACACCGCUUCCGGUGUCGCCACCUUCUUUGUCUCCGGCCCGACGUAUCGAAACCACUAGUAGUCGUGGUUUUUUCCUCUUUCCUUUCACUUUUGAGGAUAUAUUUGUAUAUAUAUCCACAUUCUUCUGCUAUUGAAUGACAGUCGACUCGGAAAUAUUUAUGCCUAAAAGUAAAGCGCCGAAAAUGGAUGACUUGGACUACAUCCCAGUAGACCUGAGCCCAGAGGAGCGCUCGGAGCUGGAGGACAUCCGCAGGAGGAAGGGGGUACUGCUGCAGGAGAUCCAGAGGCUCCGCGAGGAGCUCAGGGAGGCCAUUUUGGAGGUGGAGGGCCUGGAGGCCAGCACAGAGGGCAGCAAAACGCUUCAAAAAAACCGACAUGUCGCAAUGGGUAGGAAGAAGUUCAACAUGGAUCCGAAAAAGGGCAUCGUAUUUCUCGUGGAGAACGAGCUCCUACGACACACUCCCGAGGACAUCGCUCAGUUCCUUUACAAAGGCGAAGGCCUCAACAAGACGGCGAUAGGCGAUUACCUCGGAGAAAGGGACGACUUCAACAUUAAAGUUCUCCAGGCUUUCGUGGACCUGCACGAGUUCACGGAUCUCAACCUCGUUCAGGCCCUUAGACAAUUUUUGUGGAGUUUCCGUCUACCCGGCGAGGCCCAAAAGAUCGACCGAAUGAUGGAGGCCUUCGCCCAGAGAUACUGUCGCUGUAACCCAGGAGUCUUCCAGAGCACGGACACCUGUUACGUGCUAUCCUUCGCCAUCAUCAUGCUCAAUACUAGCCUCCACAACCCCAACGUGAGGGAUAAACCAGGCGUGGACCGCUUCAUCUCCAUGAACCGAGGCAUCAACGAUGGAGGCGACCUGCCCGAGGAUCUCCUGCGAAACCUUUACGAAAGUAUUAAAAACGAACCCUUCAAGAUCCCCGAGGACGACGGCAACGACCUCACGCACACUUUCUUCAACCCCGAUAGAGAGGGGUGGCUGCUCAAACUCGGGGGAAGAGUGAAAACCUGGAAAAGACGAUGGUUUAUUCUUACAGACAACUGCCUCUAUUAUUUUGAGUACACAACAGACAAAGAACCCCGAGGCAUCAUUCCCUUGGAGAAUCUCAGCAUCCGCGAAGUGGAGGACCCGCGCAAACCUAACUGCUUCGAGUUGUACAUCCCCAAUAACCGUGGUCAGCUGAUCAAAGCGUGCAAGACAGAAGCGGACGGGCGGGUCGUGGAGGGCAAUCACAUGGUUUAUCGCAUCUCAGCCCCCACGCCGGAGGAGAAGGACGAGUGGAUCCAUAGCAUUAAAUCAGCGGUCAGCGUGGACCCUUUCUACGAAAUGCUCGCCGCCAGGAAGAAACGUAUAUCGCUGAAGAAGAAAGAAGAGCAGCCUUAGAUUAGUACCUCCGUCCUCCUGUUGUUCUCAAUGGUGAACACGCUAUCUUCACAGUCCAUUUUUCAUCAAAAUAGGUGAGUUCUAGGCUAGCCAAUUGCUAAUAAGGAGGCAAACAGAUACCAAGCAAUUGUUAUUUUGAACAAAAAAAAAAUCCCUCCCACCAGCCUCUCAAAAUUGACAAUUAAAUGAAGACAUUUUGACGAAGGCAGCUCAUUCCAAUGUACAAUGUUUUUUGUUCAUCCUUGUAAAUAGUUAGAAUAUUUCUUUAUGGCACACAUGUAGAGACCUUUUAAUUUAUUGUUCCUUUUUUGUACGAGCUACUGUAGGAGCGCAUGUCGGCGGGCGUUAGUGCACUGAGUCGAGAAGAAGUCUUUUCCUCAUUUUUGCGGUCCUCGUUUUGAGGAUAUUUUUUAUUUGCCCGGUGAAGCACAAGUGUCAUUAGAUUAUUAUUAGACACUUUUUUUUAGAUUCUUUGCUUCCCAAUGUCCAUAGAACACAAAUUAUCUGCUGAUUCAUUCAGAUAAAACGCUUCUGUGACCUUGUUUUUGAUGAAUUUGUAGGAAAAGUUAAGCUAGGUUAUUUGUUUUACUGCACUUUAUCAGUUGUUGCGACUGACACGUGUCAAUGAACCGAAAAUAUUAGUUUUCGGUAAAAAGCUGCGCCACUUCCUGUUUGAGAUUCAGCCGUUCAAGCUGUACUGCUGUUCUUCUUUAUCGUGUUUAGUUCUUGAUUUAAAAAAAAAAAAAAAAAAAAGUAGCAUGAAGCUGAAUGAUGAAUUUGGACCUUUUAAAGACGUGGCAGUCGCUCCGCUGAAGAAAAACUUUGUGAGUUGCCUUUACUUUAGUCGUUUCUCUCCCAAAGCUUUGGAUAAAAAAAACCCCGGCCUUUAGCAAAUCCCAUUCGUGCUUUGCGGUUUGUUUGUUUGUUUUUUGCCUUCUUCGACCUGAAUUCUUGAAGUGCAAAGUUGCCAAAAAAAAUUGAAAACAGCAAAAUGUUACAGUCUUGUUUCUGAGCCACCUCUUUCUGAAAAUGUCUUUAUUUUCUAUUUAUUUAUUUACGGCAAAGGUGAAGAUGGAGCUAUAUAUGAUGUAAAUGUAGCAAGCGGUGUAAAACACACACACAACAAACACACAUCGGUGCCAGUAAACUACUGUGUAACAAUAAAAAGGUGAUGAUUGACUGUUGCUUGACGUGUGUUUAAUUGGAGUAGUUAAGCAAUAACAUUUUGAAGGGUUAACGAGGUUUUAAAAAGUCAAAAUAUCAGAUAACUGAGAACACGUGUCAAACUUGUGGCCCGCGGGCAGGAAUCGGCCCACCUUGUCAUUUUGUGUGGUCCGUGUAAAUAAAUUUUGUGCAUCGAUUUAAUGAAAUGUAAUUUAAAUAACUUCAAUCAGAGAAUAUUAACAGGUUAUUGUUUUUAACAAUCCUUUAAUCC